AUGUCCUCUUUUGCAGUCCCGGCAGAUCCUUGGAAAGAUGCCUUCGAAGCACUUGACCCGGAAGACCAAAAGCGACUAGACAAGCCCGACACGAGCCUCCUGAAUAUCCUUGAAUCCGUAAAAACUGACGCCGACUCUCGCAAAGAAAUCUGCCGUCAAAAAGGAUGGAAAGUCGGUGAGAACAAACACGGCGAGAAAGUGACUCUGCGCCACGCCCUGGAGAAAGUCUCCGUUUGGGUCAAGGAGACUAUCAAGGUCGUUGAUGUCGUUGUAUCGAUGGAUAAGAGCGGCCAGGCGGCUUUGCCCUGGGCUGCGAUUAAGUUUCUGAUUUCGAUUGGAACCAACGAUAUCGCACUGUUCACUAGUAUCACAGAAGCUGUCGAGACGAUCGCCCGGCUUAUUGCGCGGUAUACCGUCUUUGAAAAGCUAUACCUUCAUGAGGAUUGCGAGACUGUGCCGAAACUCCGCGAGUCGCUGCGAGAGCUAUAUGCUGGGAUUUUGCGGUAUCUCUCCAAAGCGAAGGAGUACUUCACCGGGAACUGCUUGAAGAGAUUUGGCCGAGGGCUGUUGGACAUGCUGCGCAAAGAAUAUGAUGAGCUGUGGUCCAAGAUCAAUGAGACAGAGGUGGAAAAAUGGGCAAAAUUGGUGGAUGCCGAGUUAAAUCGGAAAAGUGCGAAAAAUGCGGGCGAACAGCAUGAUCAGUUGAAGGCGAUAUUGCAUGACAUGGAACAGCCGAUCAUGCAGAUCACCGACCAACUUGCCGCUAUCCAAGAUAAACUCGAUAGCGAGGAGCGCAUCAAAGUGUUCCAUUGGAUUUCUAGAAUUGAGUACAAGAAGCAUCACGAAGAGCUUUCAAAAGGUGUUCUGCCUGGCUCGGGUGAAUGGUUGCUUCGUAGCCCCGAGUAUAUUAACUGGGGGCAAUCAAGCGUGUCUUCCAUUCUAUGGCUUCAUGGCAUACCCGGCUCUGGCAAGACAAAACUUGUGUGGGUCUACGAAACCAUGAAGAGCGAAUGCGUUAAGCUAACUGACCCUCGCAGUUCAACCGUCAUCAACAGCAUCCGGCAGCAUUCUACCGCGCCGAUCGCUUAUUUCUACUGUAAUCGGAGUAAUGCCGAGGGCGAGAGGUCCAUGCCGCGAGAGAUUCUUCGCGCUAUUCUAAGGCAGCUGGCGAGCAGCGACCCCGAUGUGCCCAUCAAAGAGCCGGUGGUCAAGGAAUAUGAAUCCCGCAAGGCACAUGCCGAGAAAGACGGGUCGAGCCUGAGGGAGUUAGCGAUCGAGGACUGCACCAAAUUGGUUCGAGAGAUUACGAAGUCCAACUCUGCGACUAUCAUCAUCGAUGCCUUAGAUGAGUGUGAUCAGUUCUCCUGCUAUGAGCUGUUAGACGCCCUUCACGAGAUAGUAGCCGACUCCGAAGAAGUAGUCAAAGUCUUCGUCUCCAGUCGUGAUGAUGUUGACGUUAUAGGGCAAAGUCUAGAAAACUGCGCCCACAUCCCCAUAAGUCCCAGCCAGAAUGGUGGGGACAUUCGCCGAUUCAUCGAUACGGAACUGGACCGCUUGAUCAAGAAACGGCUUCUACUCAGAGGCAAAGUUUCAAAAGACCUGCGGAAAAAAGUGACCAAGACAUUGAACAAGGGAGCGCAAGGUAUGUUCCGGUGGGUGGCCUUGUCGCUAGAGCUUUUGCAGCGCCAGAAAUUCGAGCCAGACUUUCGAAAUGUCCUCGGUCGUCUGCCACCAGCGCUAUCGGGGCUGUAUGACGAGAUUUACAAGGGCAUAGAAAGCUCCGGUGUUCACAGUCAUAAAACUGCCGUGCGGACUUUGCAGUGGCUUCUUUGUGCCCAGCGGUUGCUGUCCGUCAGGGAAUUGUUAGGUGCGAUAUCGAUGGGCUUACCGGGACCAUCAGAUGAGCAGUCUAGCUCGAUGCUAUACUUGGGCCAAGAUAGUGACUCGUCCUCGGAGUCUGACCCGGACUAUGAGGCUUAUUCGGCAACAGGGUCUGAAAAUGAGAUAGAAGAUGGCGACUCUCCUGGCGUUGAUGGGGUCAACGGUAUUUCGGUCACAACAACUGAUAUCCUUCAACUCUGCCAGAAUCUGGUAGUUGUUGAUUCGCAACUAGGCGUGUUUCGAUUCGCGCAUCUAUCAGUCCGUGAAUAUCUGCAAACGCGACCUGAGUUCACCGAAGGGGAAUUACACUCCCUAGCCAUGAAAGGAUGCAUGGAUGUGUACAUGACCGAGGCCAAUAUAAAUCCCUCACAUCAAGAGGCGCUCAAAUCUUACGGCAUGUUCUUCUGGCCGCUGCACUACAAGGCACUUGAGAACCUAGUGCUCGCCAGCAAGUACACAUUAGAACAGCUGGAGCAAUUCUUGCCUUUCUUCUUGCAAGGAGAGGAGAUAUCGCCCUCGUAUGAGAUGUGGGCUAGAGAAACCACAUCUGAGUUUACUGUCGGCCAGCGGAUCAAUAGUCAUCUACGACUAGACAGGGACAACCCUCUGGGUAUUCAACUUGAGUACGCAGCAUCUACACCUUCAACUCCGCUGAAAGCAGUGUGUGCCUUCGGUUUUGACCUCUUAGCCAAGAAAGUUGGUUCGCUUUCUGAUUUCAACCCCGACGAAAGCCGUCUUCAAUUGCCCCAGAUUGCCGCGUCAGAAGGCCAGGAUGAGAUCUUGCACUGGUUGCUACAAAAAGGCGUCGAGGUGGACAUACAGGACCACAACGGUGAAGUCCCGCUCUGCCGGGCGGCGUCUCGGGGGCAUUUGACCACCGUCGUCCUGCUAGUAGAGCGAGGUGUGAAUUUGGAACGCCGCGAGGAGCCUCAGCGCAUGACGCCACUCAUAUAUGCUGUGAAGAGCGGCCAUCACGAAAUAGUCAAAUACCUUCUGCAGGCUGGAGCCGACGUGGAGGCCAAAGACAGGAGUGGCUGGACGCCACUUGUCUGGGCAACCUACCGGGGGGACAAGCCCAUCGUCGACAUCCUGCUCAAACAUGGUGCUGAAUUGGAAGCCAAACCAGAAACUGGAUUUACGGCUCUUUUCCACGCCGUAUUUGAAGAGGAUGUAGAGAUGAUCUAUCAUCUACUCGAUCACGGCGCCGACAUCGAGGCCAACGACAGAUUCGGCCGAACCCCACUAUUUCAAGCACUACUGCGAGGACAGCAAGCCAUGGUGGGAUUGCUUCUCAACAAAGGGGCCGAUACAGAAACACGUCCGGAGGAUGGCUGGACACCACUAACGUGGGCGGCGAUGCAGCCAAACGAGCCGAUGGCCAUGCUGCUUCUGCAAGCAGGGGCCGACAUUGAGGCCAAGGAGGAGAACGGCUGGACGCCAUUAUUCCGCGCAAUAAGCCAGGGCAACGAGGGCAUGGUUGAGUUACUAGUCAAGCACGGUGCUGACGUCGACGCCAAAGAUAAGGACGGCGAGACACCACGCUCAUGGGCGCGAGUGAUGUCAGAGUACGAGCUGGAGGAAUUGCUCGACUGA